AGAGAGGGGUGGGGGGGGGGCUUGUCUUGCAUGACAAGCAGGAGAAAGGAAAGGAGACCAGGAAAAGCCUGUGGAACCAGGGAGCAGUGAGCGUGAGCCUGGCUCUACCGCAUGCCACCUAAAUAACACACCUCGGGUCGUGGAUUGUUCUGCCUGCCCAGCACUGAGCUGGAGGGCCACCCCCAAUCUCCUCUCCGUCUCCCCCAGGCAGUGCAGGGGCAGACAGGCUGCCUCCCACUCCUCAGUCCUCGUCGCUCCUGAGCUGGAGCUUCAGUGGAAUGAACAAAAUGAAGAACUUCAAGCGCCGAUUCUCACUUUCUGUGCCAAGGACGGAGACAAUAGAGGAGAACGAGUUCACCGAGCAGAUAAACCAGCUUAACCUUCGUCGGAAUGAGGAUCUAGUAGGGAACAGUCUAGGUCUACACAGCCUGCAGGCAGAGCCCGGUCAGCUGGCCUCGGAACCCCAGGCCCGGUCCCCCACUCAGCUCCAGUACCACAACCGAGUCCAGCAGCGGCGCUUCUCCAUGGAGGAUGUCAGUAAGCAAAUGUCUCUGCCCAUGGACAUUCGCCUGCCACCGGAGAUUCUAAAAAAACUGCAGAUGCAGAGUCCUGAGCCUUGCAAACCUCUCAGCCGCAUGUCCAGAAGAGCCUCACUGUCUGACAUCGGCUUUGGGAAACUGGAGACCUAUGUGAAACUGGGCAAACUGGGCGAGGGGACUUACGCCACGGUGUUCAAAGGACGCAGCAAGCUGACAGAAAACCUGGUGGCCCUGAAAGAGAUCCGGCUCGAGCACGAGGAAGGCGCCCCGUGCACGGCCAUCAGGGAAGUUUCGCUGCUAAAGAACCUGAAACACGCCAACAUCGUGACCCUGCAUGACAUCAUUCACACUGACCGCUGCCUCACUCUGGUCUUCGAGUAUCUGGACAGUGAUUUGAAGCAGUACUUAGACAACUGUAGAAACAUCAUGAGCAUGAGUAAUGUGAAGGUCUUUAUGUUCCAACUUCUCCGUGGCUUAGCGUAUUGCCAUAAAAGAAAAAUUCUACACAGGGACCUCAAGCCACAGAACUUGCUCAUCAACGAGAAGGGGGAACUCAAGCUUGCUGAUUUUGGUCUAGCGAGGGCAAAGUCUGUCCCGACGAAGACCUACUCAAACGAGGUGGUGACUUUGUGGUACCGGCCCCCCGACGUUCUCCUGGGCUCCACUGAGUACUCAACGCCCAUAGACAUGUGGGGUGUCGGGUGCAUUCUGUAUGAAAUGGCGACGGGAAGGCCGUUGUUUCCUGGAUCGACUGUCAAGGAGGAGCUACACCUGAUAUUUCGUCUUAUGGGCACCCCAACUGAGGAGACGUGUCCUGGGAUUACGGCUAAUGAGGAGUUCAGGUCCUACCUGUUUCCCCAAUACAGAGCCCAGGCCCUUAUAAAUCACGUUCCCAGGCUGGACACGGAAGGCAUCGACCUUCUCACAACUCUUCUCCUGUAUGACACCAGGAAGAGGAUCUCGGCCGAGGCAUCAUUGAGGCACGCGUACUUCCUCAGUCUGGGAGAGGAUAUCCACUCCAUACCAGACACUGCCUCCGUGUUCUCGCUGAAGGACAUCCAGCUCCAGAAGGAUCCAGGCCACCGUAGCUCGGUCUUCCACCCCCCAGGUCGGGGCAAGAACCGACGUCAGAGCGUCUUCUAACGUCCAGGGCGACAGCCAGCAGCAGGGGCUGCACGCGCAACAGAAGGACAGCAUGAAGGAAAUUACAGCUGUAAAGGAAAUACCCCCACCCUGCUUAUCUGUGUCCAGAAACGUUCUCUUAACAUAUAGAUGGAGGUCAUCAGUGUCUUAUAGGUUUUACACAGUUAUAUUACCAAGCCAGAAUCAAGUAUCUUGUGAUUGCUGUCUUCCUGUCCCUGCUCCGCCCCUCCGCACCCUGCUCCGCCCAUGCUUCAUCCUUGCCCCGCCCCUGGAAUGGUCCCACUGUUCCAUAUUCAGAUCUAUAAAUAAUAAGAACCGAUGGAUUAAACAUGCUUCCUUAUAUUUCAGUUUAUCUUUUGAAUACAAGAAUCCUUAUGAAUGCAACAUUUUGGACCUCCAAGAUCUCUGUAAAUCUUUCAUGUACAACCAGUAAAGACCAGUAAACAAACACUUUCCAUAAAAGCUGCUUCAAAUAUGAUUACUACAUGAUUUGUGACCAUGAAUACAGUGUUAAUGCUAAAGAGUACACUGUGGAUGGGUAAAUGUGUCUGACAGAGAGACUGGCGUUCAUCUCUCUCUCAGAUAAUGUAGUUAUUUCAGAUCUUAUCAUAAUAAUUCCAGUAUACUUGUGCGUGUACUUGUAUACUCCCUGUUCCUUUAUGAGUGAGAAGUCAUUUGAUUUACUUAUAUUUCCUUUUCACUUGUUAUUUGUUUUAUCAUGUAAUUGUUGACACCAUUCUAAAUACCAUUAUCCAGCCAUAAUGAUUUACUUAAGUCCUUGUGAAUACACAGAUGUAGACACUACAUAAAGAAUUACAGGCCUGGUUUUAACAUUCCUUCAGUUUACAGUGGAAUGAAAUCAUAAUUUGAGCCACUAAUUCAUAUUUUCAAAGGUAAU